CUACAUUACAGUGAGCGAGCUUGUCGAAAAGCAAACACAAUUUGGAAGUAAAGAAGACUUUCUGGAAUUAGUUUUGGCUGUAUUUGAAAAAAGACAAACGAAAGCCCAUAACCUAGUUAACUUUGUGACAGACGGAAUGUGGACAUAGUCGUAGUCAGAGCCAUGGCUGACAAGAGAAAACUACAAGGUGAGAUCGAUAGAUGUUUGAAAAAAGUAGCUGAAGGUGUAGAACAGUUUGAAGACAUCUGGCAAAAGCUUCACAAUGCAGCCAAUGCAAACCAGAAGGAAAAAUAUGAGGCUGACCUCAAGAAAGAGAUUAAAAAACUACAGCGAUUGAGAGAUCAGAUAAAAACAUGGGUGGCCUCAAACGAGAUCAAAGACAAAAGGCAGCUAGUCGAGAACCGCAAACUUAUAGAGACGCAAAUGGAGCGGUUCAAGGUGGUGGAACGUGAAACAAAAACAAAAGCCUACUCUAAAGAAGGCUUGGGGCUCGCUCAGAAAGUGGAUCCAGCUCAGAGGGAAAAAGAGGAAACGGGACAGUGGCUAACAAAUACAAUAGAUACUCUAAAUAUGCAGGUGGAUCAGUUUGAAAGUGAGGUUGAAUCUCUUUCGGUUCAGACGAGAAAGAAGAAGGGCGAUAAAGAUAAGCAGGAUCGUAUUGAGGAGCUCAAGCGGUUGAUUGAGAGGCAUCGAUUCCACAUUCUCAUGUUGGAGACUAUUUUACGAAUGCUGGAUAAUGACUCAGUACCAGUGGAUGCAAUCCAGAAGAUCAAAGAUGAUGUUGAAUACUACAUUGAUUCCUCCCAAGACCCAGACUUUGAAGAGAACGAGUUCAUAUAUGACGACUUAGACCUGGAAGACAUACCAUUAGUUGCAACUUCUCCAUCAGGUCAAGGCAAUUUGGAGGAUGAGAUGUAUCUCCACUCCAGCAGCACUCCUACUUCCACAACCUCCUCUUCACCUAUUCCUCCAUCCCCGGCCACUUGCACUGCUGAGAACUCAGAGGACGAUAAGAAAAGAGGACGAUCGACAGACAGUGAAGUUAGUCAGUCACCUGUAAAGAACGGCACCCCAUCCUUGCUAUCGUCAUUCUCUUCCUCCACCACCUCUGGCUCCUCGUCAUCCUCCUCCCUUGUGUCCAUGGCGAGUGUUGUCGGAGGCAUUCCCAUUGUUCCCACAAGCAACAGUCUUAUAGGGAGCUUCAGCAGUGCGGUGCAGCAACAUCAGCAUCAACCUGCACAACAGCAGCAACAACCUCAGCCAAUCAACCAACCGCAGCAGCAACAACAACAGCAGCAGUCACCUCAGACAAAACCCUCUGCCCCCUCAAACAACACCCCCAGCCCGCCCAGCAACCCUCUUCUCCCAGCCUCAACUGCACUGUCUCUCCCCCUGCCCAGCACACCAAGUUCAUCAGCUCCCAACUCUCAGUCUCAGCUCACAUCUGUCUCCACGCCCACAUCCAGUUUGGGACUCGGGCUGGGGCUUGGAUUGAGCAAAAUUGGCCUGACGGGGACCAGCAGUGCCAACCAGAUGUCUGGUUUUGGCCUGGGUGUCCACUCGUCGCCUUUAAACACAAUGGCAGGGCUCAUUUCAGGCUCCACACCUGCCCCAUACGCUCAGGCAGCAGCAUCAGGAGGCUUGGGUUUAAGCAGCACCACCCAGUCCAGCAUUUCAGUAGAGAGCAGCACUUCCAUACCCACCUCUGGCUCCAGUGGAGUCACCACCAACGGGGCGGGGGUAGGGCUCGGUCUUCUGGGUUCCAGCCCGGCCCACAGCUCUUUGAGUGGGAGUAUUCUGGGUCUGGUUCCUGGGCAAAAUGUAGCCCCAGGUGCCUCUCAGUUACCCCCAAGUUCUGUCAGCACUACCCCUGGAGUAGUAGGCAUGAUGGGAGGCAAUGGAGGGAAUGUCAGCGUGGUUGGAGGAGUAGGAGUGAAUGCUGCUCCUGCUAGACCACCGAGUGGACUGAAGCAAAAUGGAAGCACAAGUUACAGUGCUGUAGUGGCGGAGAGCUCCACAGAAUCAGCUCUAAGCACACCGAGCCAGUCACAAAGCAGCCAACCCUCAUCCCUCAGUUCUUCAACCAGUCAGCCGAUGGACAAUGGUCCCAGUUUAAUCAGCUCCAUCACCCUGCCUCCCAGCUCUCCGUCCCCCUCGUUCUCAGACAGCACACCUGGAGGAGGUAGUCUUCUCAACGGGCCCCACUCCUACACACAGGCCUCCGAGGCUCUCAAGGCCCCUGAACCUCUCAGUUCUCUGAAGGCGAUGGCUGAGAGAGCAGCGCUGGGAUCAGGCCUGGAUGGAGAGAUUCCCAACCUGCACCUAACAGACAGAGAUAUCUUCUCUAGUUCAUCUGCAGCGCCCGGCACACCUGCCGCCCCUCAGCCGUCCGUGUCGGAGGUCAGCAUCCCCCCCUCGCUCGGGGUCUGUCCACUUGGCCCCACCCCUCUCCCCAAAGACCAGCUCUACCAGCAGGCCAUGCAGGAAUCAGCAUGGACACAUAUGCCACACCCCUCUGACUCUGAGAGAAUCAGGCAAUACCUGAUGAGGAAUCCGUGUCCCACCUUGCCUUUCCACCAUCAAAUACCACCGCACCACUCUGACUCUAUAGAGUUCUACCAGAGGCUGUCCACAGAAACCCUCUUUUUCAUCUUCUACUACCUGGAGGGCACCAAGGCUCAGUAUUUGUCUGCCAAGGCUCUGAAGAAACAGUCAUGGAGGUUCCACACCAAGUACAUGAUGUGGUUCCAGAGGCACGAGGAGCCAAAGACUAUAACUGACGAAUUUGAACAGGGCACUUACAUUUACUUUGACUAUGAGAAAUGGGGCCAGAGGAAGAAGGAGGGGUUCACCUUUGAGUACAGGUACCUCGAAGACAGAGAUCUGCAGUGACGGACGGAGUGACACAAAAGGACAGAGAGAGACAAAACGUGCUGCUGUUGACAUUCCGAGACUGAACUUCAAACUGUGGAUAGAGAUUGUGAUGUGUAGUAGAAACCCUCUCCUAAAAUGGAGACUGGUGUCUGUAUAGGCUGCAUCUCAACGUGAAGUCCUCGCUCCUCCUGUAGCGCUUUGCUUUUGACAAAAAUGCCCCGUGGGCCUGAUCAAAUGCAUCACGCUGCUCGAGCUGGUAGGGUUCUCACUAGAGAUCUGCGUUUGUGCCUGUCUGUGUGCACACUCAGUAUGUGGCAUUAGGAAAGCCUACCCCAUGCAUGUUUCUCAUGUUUUGUUUUGUUUUCCGUUUCAACAAGAUUCUCUAUACCACCUACCCAACAUGAGCCUGGAAGCCUUUGACUUGACACGAAACAAACCUUGGAUUUGAUAAAGUAAACUGCCCAUCUUGUAUUUACAGUAAUUUGGUGGAGUAGAAUGGGGAGGUACAGUGGACAUUUAGUCAUGGUGUGUAGGACUGGCUUCUUUUAAGACCCUACGAUGCCUGUUGAAUAUGGUCACUAUUAGAGAUAGUGAGCGGUUAUCAAUAGUUUUUAUUGAUAUUGUCUUGGUCGAUUAAAACGCUUAUUGAGAGUGACCACAGGGCCUCUCCCUGUGACAGGGAAAGAGUCCUUAUUGGACAUGGAUUAAAUUGCUAUGCAAUUGAACUGGUCUCUGACUCCCUCUCUUUACAAAUAAAAUGUUUUUAAGUUAACCUGUCAGAAAAAAUGCAUUAUUAUGGCGCAUUCAUGUUUGUGACAAAUUAAUAAACUUGUAAAAUAAAUCUUAAAAAUAGGGUUUGAGACAUUUUAUCUAUGUGAUGUUUGAUAUGUACACCAUUGAGUAAUUCUCAUCCUUAAUGCAAAAGGCCACGGUAACAGUAGCGAAUGUACCUGUACCAAAAAUCACCUUUUAAUUACUCUUAAAGUACACGGAUAGCAUUAGAUAAUAAGUCUGUGAUUGGUUCAAGUAAACUUCCCCCAUUUAAUUAAGAUUUUAUUCUGUUGUUACUUCAUCCUAAAAAUCCACUGUUUACUUUACCACCUGAUAUUUUAAGUAAAACCCUAUACAGUGAAUGUGCACUGAAACUGUUUACAUGUAGAGUGAAAACACAGAUCCUAAAGUUCUGUUAAGAAAUGUCUACUUUGCCGUGGUUGUUCAUGUGCUACACUGAAGAACAAUAAGAUUUAAUCUAAUGUGGGACAGAUCCCACCUUUUCAUGGCAGUUUAAAUGGGGAGAGUGUUAAACUGAAUCAGAUUUUUCCAUUUAAGCAACCAUGAAAACUUAAGAUCUGUACUGCAUUUAAAAUUCCAUGUUGUGUGUGAUUAGUUUCAGGCUUUUUGAGGGGAGGGAAGGGGGUGGGGGUUUGGAUUGAGGAUGUGAAAAAAAGGAAAAUACAGCAAAGUCAUGAGAUUUGCCUUUUAUAGAUUCUAUUUUUUGGGCCAUUAAGGUUUUCAGAAAGAGAUGGUCAGUUAAGAAAUUGCUAAAAUGUGACUUUCAAGACGUAUUUACAAUUCUUUCUCAUCACAGUUCUGCAUGGAAGAUGUCAUAAACGGGGGUAUAACGAGGAUUGUAAAAUUUCAAUAAAUACUUUUAAGAAAUUACAAGUCAGUGUGUGUUGUAAAGUCCUGUCAUUCCUAAACAGAAUAUGGAUUCGCAAAUGUCUGGUGGCCAAUU